AUGGAUCCCGAAUCUCCGCCCCGCGAGCUGGAGCUGUCGGCGCUGGAGGCCGAGAAGGAGCCGAUGGCGGCGGCGGCCGAACCCGACCCGGAGCUGGGGACCCCCCCCCAGGCUCCCUCUCCCCACCGAGACCCCGUCCCGGGCCCCGAAUCGCGGCCGGGCGGCGAGAAGAACGGGCUGGUGAUGAAGAUCCCCCCUGAGGAAGAGGAGGAGGCGGCUUUGGCGGGCGCCGGCGUCUCGGGGAGCCCCAAAUUCACGGGGCUGGGCAAGGAGGAGCUGCUGAGGGAGGCCGGGACUCCGCUCUGGGCCCGGGCCCGCCUGGUUCUGCUCAUUCUCUUUUGGGGGGGCUGGAUCGGGAUGUUGGGGGCCGCUGCUGCCAUCGUGGCCCAGGCCCCUCGCUGCCAGCCCCUGCCCAACAAAGGCUGGUGGGAGCUCGGGGCGCUCUACAGGGCCCCCCCCGAGGCCUUCGGGGGCAAUCUGAAAGGUGUGGAGAAACGUUUGGGGUACCUGAAGGAGAAGCUGCAGGUGGGGGGGCUGGUGCUGGGCCCCGUGUACCCCCCAAAACUCCCGGAUGACAAAAUCCCGGCCCUGAAGGAGCUGGACCCAGCCCUGGGCACCUUCCAGGACUUCACUGCCCUGCUGGAGGCAGCCAAGGACAAAGGGCUGAAGGUGAUCCUGGACCUGACCCCCAACCCCUCUGGGGAUCCCGUCUGGGGGGAGGCAGCAAAGGACCCCGAGGUGCUCGAGCAGGUCAAGGCCGCCCUGACCCAUUGGCUGAAGCAGGACAUUGCUGGAAUCUUCCUGGAUGGAAUUGAGGAGCUGCAGGCCUCCCUGGUGGCCGAGUGGAGGAACCUGACGGAGCAGGAGCCGAGUCCCAGCGGCGUGGCCAGGGUGCUGGUGGGGGGCACCCGCCUGCAGGAGCCCUGGAAGGUGCCCAGGGACCCCUGGGGGCCUCAGCUGCUCCUGGGGCCCUUCCUGAAAGCCCUGGAGCCCAAACCCGAGAUGGAAUCCCCCGAGGGCGCCCUCAGGGACCUCCUCAACUUCCUCAGCUUCAACUCCUCGGUGGCGCUGGGCUGGAGCGUGGGGUCCCCGUGGGAGGCCUGGGUGAGCCCCAACCUGCGGCUGCAGCAGCUGCUGCUGCUCUGGGGGCUCCCCGGGACCCCCGUGCUGAGCUACGGCGACGAGCUGGGCAUGGGGCGGCCGCUGCGGAACCAGAAGCUGGAGUCGAUGCGCUGGGGAGACAUCGAGGGAUUCCAAAAUGGCAGCGACGGCGCCAAGCCGCCGCCGGAGCUGGAGCUGUGCACGGCCCUGGCCUCGCUGCGGGCCCGCGAGCGCUCGCUGCUGCUGGGGGAGGCCCGGGUGGUGCCCGCGGGCUCCGCCAUCGCCGUCCUGCGCUUCUGGGACCAGAACGAGCGGUUCCUGCUGGUGCUGAACCCGCACGGCACCGACCUGAAACCUUUCUCUGUCAAAAGACCCCCGGGGGAGGCCGGGACCCCCGCGCUGCCCCCCCAGAUGCGGCUGCGUUACAGCAGCAGCUCCGGCGCGCAGGGCGGGGAGCAGCAGCUGCAGCUGGAGGAGAUGAAGGUGGCGCCCUACGAGGGGGUCCUGCUCAGCUUCCCCUACAGCCCCGAGUGA